AUGGGAGGCCCCAUUUCACUACUGCCCUUUUGGGCUUUUCUCCUCCUCUCUUUUGUUACGUCGACACGUGGUCCUUACGUAGGCGCCCUCGCAGACGGGACCUUGGGAGGGCCCCUUGGGGGCCCACCAGGUGAGGCCCCUGUUGAAAUUGCUUAUGAGGCAGCAACGACGCCGGAAGAAGAUGUAUCGGGACCUUUGCAUGCAUCUCAGGGUCAUCAAUGGUGCAGAGCACUGGAUCUACACAGUGACAAUGGCGCCUGCAGCACCAUCAGUAGUAGCAGUGGCAGCAACAGCGUGCUGCCGCAGAGCCUGGACGACGGGUGUUUUGGGUUAGUGCUUCUGUUGCUGCUUCUAGCAGCAGUAGACCAGAUUGAAGGGAUGCUACGAAGGGUUUGGGGCCCCUUAUCUUCUGUGGUCAAACGCGCACGGUGCAGCAGCAGCAGCAACGACAACAGCAGCAGUAACAGGUUUGCUGCUGCUGCGGAGACGGAGGAGGGGAAAAAGUUGCUGGGCGAGCUGGUCUCUCUGCAACAGGAGCUCCAGAAGCAGCAGAUGGAACAGCAACAGCUGUCUGCUACGGCGGAAUUUGCUGCAUACGCUCGAAAGCAGCGCAAAAUAGACCAACUUAUUGCUUCCCGAGAUGCGUGCAUUCAGCAGCUGCAGCAACUGCAGGAUCGACAGAAGCCGCAGCAGCAGCCCACCAAGAACUACAUGCUCCUGCAAGCUGCCACUCAACUGCUUCUCAAGCCCCUCGCAAAGCGCCAUGGCUUCGGUCUCGCCAAGUGCUGGGGCCUCGCUGUCACGUCGUCUUUCCGUUUGCCCUUCUGA